AUUUCAUAACCACGCCCAAAUAGCAAUGGCUGCAAAACCCAAGGAGGAGGUGGACGAAGAGAGCGAUUACUACAGUAUAACGGAUCAGGAGAGGGAGAUAAUGAAGAAGAGAAGGGACUACAUAUUACACUACAAGCCUCCAGUCUGGACUUCACCAUCCCCUGAUCCAGUCAGUGGAAUUCCUACGACAAUACCAAAGGUCCUUCAUGCGAAUAUUGUGUUUUUCGGUCCGAUUGGUUCAGGGAAGUCUUCUCUUAUCGGUAGUUUGUGUAGAGCUGUGAAUCAGUUGAGUUCCUUCCCCGAGAGGGUACUCCAGACUCUAAGAGUGAACCAUCCUGACUCUCACGGGACUCAGAACUGGUUGGAGACACCUGGCAACCCAUCGAAAACUAUCAUAUAUCAAGACACUCGUGGAGAUACAGAUAUGAGCAAUCAAGAAAGAAUGAAACAUGAUUUUUCGCUGCGUGGUAUUUAUAAAGAUGAAGCGCCUAUGGGAGACGUUCCUUUUUAUAGUAAACAUUGGUGGACUUCUCAAAGGUUUUUCUGGGAGAGGAGUUUGAGCGAUGUCCCACAUACUGUCGUCUUUGUUUUCGAUGGAUCUAGCGAGCCCUUUCUGGACCAGGAGAGCCUCUCGUUUUUCAAAACGAUAUUUGAAGACUGUACGAAAUAUGGUUAUGAGCCAAUAAUAGUAAUAACGCAUUUGGAUCUGAUAUGCAGGACUGCUCAGAGAGAAGGCAAGAACUGGGAGAUUGAAGUCCACCAUAAGAAAGACAAGGUCCUACAAGCCUUUGAAGACCUUCACUUGACGAGAAAAAGUAUUUAUUUUGUGACGAAUUUCAACAGAGGCGGGGACAGAGGGAGCAUACCGCUAUGGCAGUCGAGUGAUCGCGGGUUUGACAAAGUGAACAAAACCAUGAUCGACUUGUCUAGGGACCUUUUAAGUAUAGCGAACCGUUUUAUAGAUAGACACUAUGGACACAAGAGAUGUUGUUUAAUUUAAAUUAUUGUGCAAUUAUUAUGAGGAUUAGGUUCAGACUUUGCUAUUUCUAUUAA